CGGCCGCAGCGAGGGAGGGGGAGGAGGAAGGGUUUUGGAAUUAGGCAGCGGCCGCCGUUGCGUGGGAGAGAGCAAAGUGAACCAGGCCGAAACCGAAGCUACCGCCACCACCACCACACCCGCCCACCGCAGCAACGCCGGGCCCUUCUCGUCUCCCUGUCCCCUAGUCCCAGGAGGGGAUCCCGGCGGCGAGGAUGAGCGGCGGCGGAGCCGGAGGGAAGGGGGCGGCGGCGCCCGUCCCGCCCGGGUCGAGGAAGCUGGUGCAGAGCCUCAAGGAGAUCGUGAACCGCCCCGAGGCGGAGAUCUAUGCCGCACUGCGCGAGUGCGGCAUGGACCCCGACGAGGCGGUCAGCCGGCUCCUCUCCCAAGAUACUUUCCAAGAGGUAAAGAGCAAGCGCGACAAGAAGAAAGAGAUUAAAGAGGUUCCUGAGACAAGAUAUCGAUCGGCAAAUAGUUCUACUAAUCGAGGCCUUAGAAGUGGUGCAGAUCGAGGUGGACGGAGCAAUUCUGUGCACUCUAGCUCUACUGAUAACAUGACCUCAAGGCCACCAGUCUCAGGGUCUGGAACGGCAUCAGUUAAUUCCAGUCAGAGGCAAACAAUGGCAAGUUCCUCUGCAAACAAACAUAUGGUUACUGAUGGACCAGCUGUAUCAUUGCAAUCAUCGUCUGGGUUUCAGCAUGGUGGUUGGUCUGGGACGCCUGGUCAGUUGUCGAUGGCUGACAUUGUGAAAAUGGGUCGGCCUCAGGGCAAGGCUUCCAGCAAACCUGUGGUCACAGCUGACAGAGGUUAUGCUGGACAGUACCCAUCUUUGCCAAGCACAAACCAGAACCUGAAACAAUCUGUAAGCAUGGUUCCCCCAACAGAGCUUGACAAGGGGUUACAACCUGCCCAAGAUUCGGUUCAGGUUAUGAAUCACGGUCAUUCUGCUGCUGACAGCAAGCUCCCAUAUGGUACUGAUUGGUCUCCACAAGACGACCCAACAUCUGCGAACCAAUCAUCCCUUCCUGAGACAUCUGGUGAUCCGUCCUUGUAUGAAGCAUCAUUUCAGUCAUCUACAUUGGUUACUGAUGUAGUUAAUUCACAUGAAAAUUUGCACUUGGAUGAAGACAGCACCUUUGCAAUGAGACCAGUACCUGCCUCUGAGAUACACUUGGAACCUAGUGAUGGUAUUUCUGAAUACAAUGAUGGAAUGUUGAACAACUCAAGUUCCUAUCAGCCUCAAAAUUACUCUUACACAGAACAAGAAGUCGAGGAUUCCAGUGCUGAUCUAUCAGCAGCAGCAGCAGCAGCAAACUUCCAGAGUUUAAGCCUGCAUAAUGACGAGUUAGCCGCAAAAAAGACUGCCGAAGAUAACCCUGCAGUGAUAAUUCCUGAUCAUUUGCAAGUUACAAAUACAGAAUGUGUCAGUUUGAGCUUUGGCAGUUUUGGAUCUGGUGCGUUUUCUGGGCUACUCCCACAAAAGACCAUGGAUAGCAAUGUGGAAUUCCCUGCCCGAGAGGAAUCUGCACCGGUAGAUCAAAUAGACGCCAGGAAUCAAGAUUACUAUGAAAGUGGUGCAGUAACUUCACCAGUGGACGAAAAUCUUGAGGCCAUGCUGGGAGCCAACAUAGAGAAUGUCGAUGCGCCUUCUGUUUCACAGCCUAAUGAGCUUAGGCAGGACGUACUUGAUCCUUCUGGACUUCAAUAUGACGUGCCAUCAGUUUCAAGUCAUGCUUAUUCAAACACGAACGCUUCACAGCCUAGCACAAUGGAGGAUCCACAAGGAAACAACCAAGCACAUACUUUUUCCCAUUUGUCAAACUUGAUGCAAGCAAAUCCUUUGAGCACCAGCAGCCUAUUGGGGUCAAAUCAAAAUCAUGCAGCUCUUCAUGGCUUAGAGUUUGAUUUACCGCCUUAUCUGGAAGCAAAAUAUAACACAGGCUCGACUACAAAUCCUAGACCAGCCAUAUCCAUGCAGGAGGCCCUGAAAGCAGGGGUUUUCUCCAAUGCUCAGUCUACACAGAGUCUUCCAAGUACCAGCAUUCCAACAGGGCCUCCUCUCCCUCAGCAAUUAGCACAUCACCCUUACUCUCAGCCAACUUUACCAAUUACACAUUUUCCAAAUAUGGUUGGCUAUCCGACGUAUUUGCCACAAAACUAUGCUACUUACCUAUCUUCAGGCACCUUCCAGCAAGCAUACCCGAGUAAUGGACCAUUCCAUCAGUCUGCUGCUGCUUUGCUCGGAUCUGGUAUGAAGUACUCGACCCCAGAGUAUAAGAACAACCUGUCUGCCACAGGCUUACAACAGCAACAUCAGCCGCAACCACAACCACCUUCAUCAGUCAUCUCUGGUUAUGGAGGCUUCGGAAGCUCAGGCAACAUACAAGGAAAUUUUACCCUUAAUCAGAGUACUGGCUCUGCAUCAACUCUUGGUUUUGACGAAGCAUUGAGCAGACAGUACAAAGACACCAGUCAAUACAUGGCUCUCCAGCAGGGUGACAACUCCGGAAUGUGGCUUCAUGGCUCGGGUUCUAGAGCGACCUCGACUCUUCCACCUAACCACUUUUAUGGUUACCAGGGACAGAGUCAGCUGGGUGGCUUCCGUCAGGCGCAGCAGCCACAGCCUUCCCAAUUUGGAGGCCAUGGGUAUCCAACAUUCUACCAGUCUCAGGGUGGCCUGACGCAGGAGCACCCCCAGAACCUUGCUGAGGGCAGCCUGAAUGGCUUCCAGGUCGCACCGUCUCAGCCAUCUCAUCCGAACUGGCAGCAUCAGCACACUUACUGAGCCCUGUACUUCCUUGUUAUGGUGGCUCUUUCGCCGUCACAAGCCAAGUUUCUCGUGCUUGUGCCCUCACUCGAUGCAGAGUAAGCUGCUCGGUUUAGCUGAGCUUGUACCUUGAGCGCUGAGAGGGUCCCAGGCAUACAACAGUUAGAGCGUGUUAACAUGUUGCGUGUGUUGCCAGACUGAUGCAUUGUGAUUUCUUUUCGAUAGUAUGCGGAGGUGCAGUCCUGUAUAACUGAGAUAUGAUAACCUAACAAGCAGUCGUUUCUGAUUUCCAAGAGUUGUCUACUCUUAGCUUGAGCAGAUGCUGCUCUGAUUUUGAAUGUCUGCUUG